UAGAAAACGCACGAAACUCAUUUUUUCUCUUCUGCACCUCGGCGCGCUUAGCAACGCACGAUCAAACAACUGUACGCCACAAAAAAGAAACAAUAGCACGCGAGGAAACGAGAAAUGGCUCGGUUAUAGCCCGGGGAAUAGCGAAUGCAGCACAGCCAGCUUUGCUUCGCUACUGGUGAUUGCGGAAGGGUGAAGGAAAAAGAUGCGCUAGAGAAAACAAAGUGAGCCGUUCGCGUGUCCAUUUACCUGGCGACGAAUGGUGAUGGCAGUGUGAGCAGCUGUAGGCAAUUGCAACCACCGGAGUUCAAUUGCCCGUCUCCGAUUCGUGCCGUGGUUGUGGCCAAUCUAUGGCAAGACAGAGUGUCGUCUGUGUGGUCCGUGAACGUGUGCACAGAUGAUCGUCAUGAUCGGGCGGAUGCAAACACUGUAGACAGCGGGGGGACUUGUUUUUGUUGCUCGUUUUGCAAUGUGCCACAAGGCAGCAUAAUAACGUUUUUCCACCGUCGGAACUGCUGGACUGCAGAAACUAAGGCACAGGUGGUGGUGAUACGAAGCGUGGUGGUGGGUGGUAUGCUAGCAUUUUCCAAUGUGGCCUGUGAACGAACGAGACACGGUGGGUAAAUCGUCGAACAAACGAAUGCACGGCCAGCAUCGGAUGCAGCAGCUCAGGACCUACGGAAGACAGCAAUAUGCGAAGCAUUCUCCCGAGUGUGUACCUCUCCACGGGCUUUCUGCAUGCGUGCAGCGCCAUUCCGAUCCCGCACCGAUACUCAGGUCAACAUGAUGUAAUGAUCAUCGGGCUGCUGACCUGCCUCGGUAUCGGUUCGUUCAUGCUGGGAGUUUGUAUUUUUUGUAAAAAGAAAAGUGGCAAAUUCAAGAAAUUCAAAGAUGGAGACAUUAUUCAGGAGGUGAUUUCAACGGAGUACCCCAUUCUGAAGGCGUUGAACGCGCUGGACUCAUCCGUGCCGUGUGCGGUCAUCCCUUCCAGCCCGAAUAAUCUGUCCACUGAUAAUCUCCUGGAUAAGAUCGAAACCUAUCAGAUCGAGGUAGAUCAUCGCCACGAUUCGUACUGCACGCGCCGCAGUGACCCACUGACGUCCACGUACGAUGAGUUCGAUCCCAACGAUGAGCCGGACGAUGAGCGGAUGGAAGCCACGGCCGCCGUGAUGGCCACGAUUGAACCACCGCUCGGUGACGAACCGUUGCGAUUUUCGGACGUUUUUGAUGAAUUGACGGGACAUGAAAAGUGCGCGCUGUCGGUCGGGCCUGUUGCCCCGCUGCAGGCAUCGUCGGGCGAGGAAGACGACGAAUGUCCUGCGGCCGUCCGUUCGGAUGCGGAAGACGAAGACGAACGGAGGCCGCUGGUGAGCGAUGAGAGUAUCGAUGAGGCAGCUGCGACAACGACCGCAACGACCACGAUUACCGUCACGGCCACGACGAUGGCACAGUCGGCCGAUGCUAUCAGUAUUGAGGAAGCGCUCCGUGCCUUGGACAUAGCGAUCGAGGGCGAAGAGGACGAGGACGACGAAGACGCAGAGGAGAACGAAGAAGGUCAAUCGACACCUUUGCGCGAUGUGAGCGGAGCCGAUUGUUCGUCUCCCUCGCUCUACUCGGAGCCAUCUCCGGUGGGAUCACCGGACCAUGGCACAUUGCGUCAGGAUGUAGAGCGACGGGCCACCGAGCUGGUGGACGAUGUACUGUACCAGUGUCAGUAUCUGCUGCAGAUGAUGGACACUCACGGUAGCAACCUGUCUCCGCUUGAAGCGGACGAAUUCUCACCCCACGGCUCGCAAGGAAACGUCUUCGAUGGUUGGGGCACAGGUUUGGAGCUAGGUGAAUGUGUCAGCUUCAGAAACGCUGAUGAGGAUGAUGACGACGACGACUGGUGGAAGGAAACGAUGGAAGCGGAGGGAGAAUGUAGCUGGAAUCGUACUGGCAACGAUCCGUUCCAAGAUGACGGCACUUUCGAUUUACUCCGACAGCAACUAACCCAACUGCUUCCCCAGGCCAAUGAUUUCUCCGGUGGCGCCAGCAAACUGAAUGCAGACGAUUUAACGACCGUUAGCCCGAAAGCGGCCGACACGGGAAGUGAGGGGUCAAAUGGAUCAUCGUCCGUUGAGGAAAAUGAAAUCAUCAUCAACUACAACCGAUCGUUGUCGCCGAUUCUCGAGGAAAACGAAGACGAAUGUAGUCUGCCCGGUUCGACUAGUGUUGCGCAUUGUUCGAACUUGGUCGAAAGUACGAUCGUAAGCACCGAAGGGCCGGUGGUAUGCGAAGCAACCGAGUCCGUGCCUGCCCUCGCCCGGCGCAGCUCUUUGACGGCGUCCAACGAUACGCUCUUCAACCUUGAGGACGUGCUCGAGGACCGUUGCCUGACGCCGCUUGACGAUUCGGGGUUUCCAUCCAUCGGCACCGGAAGUCAUCACAGCCUGUCACCGCGCUCCGUCCUGCUUGAAACGGCGAGCCUGGCCAACUCCGGGUUGGACAAACUGUACACCUUCUCAUCGCGACUUUUGCCAACGGCACCCGUAACAUCUUCGGUCUCAUCGUUGCCGACAGCCAGCAGCGACGAUCAUCACCUCUUCGGGCACCUUCAUCAUCACGUGCUGUUGUCAUCGCUUUGCUUGCAAGAUCUGGACACUGGUGAUAUGAUGGAGUCUCCAUCGCCACCACCGCCACCGCCUCCCCUGCCGGUGUCCCUCGUCACGGGUGGAUCCGUCGGCGGCAGCCCUAGUGGAGCCCCGGGCGGUGGGUCAGGUCUUUUGAUCGCUGAAAACAAGCAAGAAACGCUUCCCUCAUCGGCCUAAUGGCCCCAUCACCCAUCGGCCCCAUCACAAUCAUCGCUGUCUGCUGUUGAUAUCGAUGUUUCGGGCGGUAUUAUUUUUCACUUUUUCUCUCUCCCCCUCUCACUUUAUUUAAUUCGUUUUUUAGAUCUGAGGUUAUAUUAUGAUGCCUGCGCUCUGUUCCCUUCUCACACGGAACGAUCGCGGACGAAUUCCUACGAAUCAUUUCACAACGAAAAGCGUGUGUGCAAGUUUAGCUCGUUUACCGUAGAGUACUGUAACAGUGUGUCGUUUCGUGUAGCUGAGGCUGCACAUUUUUGUAUCGGUGUUGCUACCGUUAGUGGAUGUUUAAUGAUGGUCUCCCGCUUGCGAUCUCUACUCAUCGCAUCACAAUCACAUACAUCACACAAAACACACAACACACACAUACUUACACACUUUCCGGAUCUCUGAUCUCCAACGGAAAGCGGUUUCCGAUUAAAACCCUCCCAAAACGGGUUAAGCAAGGGCCGUAGAUGGUGGAUAGCCCAGGUGUACUUUUGAGAAUGCUUCCGUUUAUGUUACGGCGAACGGAUCGGUUGUUUAAUUAUGUUUUUAAGAACGUUACAAGUGAACACCCGUCGUUGGAGGGCAUCCUUAGUCUAGGAGUGUCCUAUCCUAAGUUUAAAUUCGGUUACUUACCCAAAACUCUAGUGUCAAUUCUAUUCGUACAACUCAAGGCGCCACAGCUUCGGUACGGUGCUCGCCAUGGGGGAAGGAAGCGAACCAUCCACAGAUUUCUUCAUUCGUUACUCAUUCACCAUCCCAUCUCGGCUGCUUCCUCCUCCGCACACGUGCUGCGGGCACCGUGAAAGGCGAUCACUUAAAAGAAGGAAUUGGAACACGACUGUAUCGUGGUAUUUCUGUGAAGUUAAUUUUCUAUUUUCUUUUCCGUUUCUUUUCUCCAUUCACAUUUUCUAUUGUUGAUAUACGAAAACUGGAUAGCUAAUGGAAACGGUCCAAUCUAUUAAAGAAAUGUACUAACUAAUAAUAAUGGAUAGAAAAGGCAACCUUUCUUUUUCCGACGUUGAGGAGAGAAACUUGCUUGUAAGAAAAUAGAAAAUGUGACAAAAUAGAUCGCCUAAGAUUUGUAAACUAUUAAAAUUAUUGA